AUAAAAUGAAGCAUCAGCUCCACAAAUCGGUUUUACCCUCCCUCAGCCGCAGCGUCUCCGGUUGCUCCUCCAGAAACCCUAGCUCUCAAUCCUGCAUCGAAAAUGGUGAAGGGUCGCCAAGGCGAGCGUAUCAGACUUUACGUCAGAGGAACAAUUCUCGGUUACAAGAGAUCAAAGUCGAACCAGUAUCCAAACACGUCUUUGAUUCAGAUCGAAGGCGUGAAUACGAAGGAGGAGGUGACAUGGUACCAGGGGAAGCGCAUGGCUUACAUCUACAAGGCCAAGGUUAAGAAGGACGGCUCGCACUAUCGCUGUAUAUGGGGAAAGGUCAUUAGGCCUCACGGUAACAGUGGGGUGGUGAGAGCUAAGUUCAAGUCCAAUCUGCCCCCUAAAUCCAUGGGAGCUAGGGUUAGGGUUUUCUUGUACCCAAGCAACAUCUGAG